AAUAUCUUUGCUCUAUACUCCUUAUCCUUAAUUAAGAAAAAACGGCUUCAAAUACUUGAUAGUUGAUAGAUACCCAAAGAUUAUAAAAAGACACAAGUUCAAAACCUUGAACCAUGCCAUUUUUAAGCUUGACAAUGAUGUCAAACAUAGCCUUCAGAUUAACUCUUGUCUUUCUUUUAUUUUCUGCGGUGCUCUCUACUCCUCCAGAGGAUCCAAUCAAGUGCGCCACUUCAGAGAACACAACCUGCACUAUCACAAACUCCUAUGGCGCCUUCCCUGAUCGAAGCAUUUGCAAAGCUGCUCAAGUGUUGUACCCCACCACCGAGCAAGAGCUUGUGUCAGUGGUUGCAUCAGCAACCAGAAACAAAACCAAGAUGAAAGUAGCUACCCGUUUUUCCCACAGCAUCCCCAAGCUGGUGUGCCCAGAAGGCGAAAAUGGGUUGUUAAUAAGCACCAAAUAUCUCAACAAAAUAUUGAAGGUUGAUGUGGAAACAAGAACAAUGACUGUGGAGAGUGGUGUGACUCUGCAGCAACUUAUAAAUGAGGCUGCAAAGGUAGGGUUGGCCUUGCCAUAUGCACCAUAUUGGUGGGGUUUGACCAUUGGAGGGCUUAUGGGAACUGGUGCUCAUGGAAGCACUUUGCGGGGGAAGGGAAGUGCUGUCCAUGAUUAUGUGGUGGGGAUUAGGAUUGUAAGGCCUGCAGGUUCUGAAGAUGGAUAUGCUAAGGUUGAGAUCCUAAAUGAACAGCAUCAAGAUUUAAGUGCAGCCAAAGUAUCACUCGGUGUGCUGGGAGUUAUUUCACAGAUUACUCUAAAACUAGAACCCCUCUUCAAGCGAUCCAUCACUUAUGUGGAAAAAGAUGAUUCAGAUUUGGGAGACCAAGCUGCUGCUUUUGGAGAUGCACAUGAGUUUGGAGAUAUACUGUGGUACCCAAGUCAACGCAAGGUUCUCUAUCGUGUUGAUGAUCGUGUCCCAACUAAUACAUCGGGAAAUGGUCUUUACGACAUUAUUUCUUUCCGUCCCACUCCUUCAAAUACGUCGGCUUUCAUAAGAACCAGAGAGGAUAUUCAAGAAUCCACUAAAGAUGCCAAUGGAAAGUGCAUAGAUGCAACUACCACAACGGACACCUUCAUCACCGAAGCUUAUGGUCUUACUAACAAUGGUAUAAUCUUCACUGGAUACCCAGUAAUUGGAUUUCAAAACCGCCUUCAAUCAUCUGGGUCAUGCUUGGAUAGUCCUCAAGACGCAUUGAACACAACAUGUGCCUGGGAUCCGAGGGUGAAAGGCUUGUUCUUUUACCAAACCGCAUUUAGCAUUAAGUUGUCCUUUGUAAAAAGCUUUAUUGAAGAUGUGCAAAAGCUAGUUGAAUUGGAGCCAAAGGGAUUAUGUGUCUUAGGGCUUUACAAUGGAAUGUUAAUGCGCUAUGUCACGGCUUCAAGUGCCUACUUGGGGCACCAAGAGGAUGCUUUAGACAUUGAUAUCACCUACUACCGUAGCAAAGACCCAAUGGCUCCCAGGCUUUAUGAAGACAUUCUUGAAGAGAUUGAACAAGUUGGGAUUUUCAAAUAUGGAGGGCUACCUCAUUGGGGUAAGAAUAGAAACUUGGCGUUUAAAGGAGUCAUCAAGAAGUACAAAGAUGCAAAGAAAUUUUUGAAGGUUAAAGAGAAGUAUGAUUCGCAUGGGCUUUUCUCAAAUACGUGGACAGACCAAGUGUUGGGGCUAAAAGAUGGAGUGACAAUACUGAAGGAUGGGUGUGCAUUAGAAGGUUUGUGUAUUUGCUCCCAGGAUAGUCAUUGCAAUCCAAGCAAAGGUUACUAUUGCAGGCCAGGCAAAGUUUACAAGAAAGCAAGGGUUUGUACUCAUUUGAAAUGAGACCAAAUUUAUCAGAAAAGACAUCGAUGCUAUAUGCUAAGUGAUACUAUUUAUAUAUGUAACUUAUAUCUUACAAAUGAUGAAAAGUAAAAUGUACUGCAUGAUUACAAAGUUUAAGUGUGGCAUUAGUUGCCAUUGAAUAGUAAUUAUGUUUGAUAUUCUAAAAAGCACCUUACUCUAGAAUUUUGUAGAUAGUAAAGUAAUAAAUUAAGAUUCUGCAAACACCAUUCUAGGUAUAAUGCAGUUUAUAUUGAAGACUGUCAAUGACACUUCUUAUAGGUAAACCACUGCUCCUACGCUAUUCUUUUGAGUGAGAUAUGGUACCACAUGAUCAUUGAGUAAAGAUUUAGGGACAUCUCAUGCAUGAGCAUAAUGUUUGCAGUGUAUUGUGUUGGAUUGUAUUGUGUUGAGAUUAAGUGAAAUGUGUGUGUGCCUUUCAUUUU